UCCCCCCAGUAUCUAGCUGAGGAUAUUGGGCCUACAAUAAUAGCAACUGCGUCGUUGAUGGUUAUUUUUUCUACACUUUUUGUUGGACUCCGCUAUUACGCUCGACAUUUGACGCAGACGAAGUUCGGGGUUGAAGAUGUUAUCAUUCCUUUUGCAUAUAUAGCAGAAUUGGGACUAUGCAUUACCGGAAUCGUAAUGGUCAGGAAGGCAAGCACAGGUCGACACAUGGCGUACGUCGAAAUGACGGACCCCGCAAGAAUUAAUGAACACUACAAGGGUAUCAUGGUCAACGAAAUGCUGCAUCUACCCGCCGUCGCAUUCCCAAAACUUGUUGUCGUCCUACUCUACCUCCGAGUCUUCACAAACAAAUGGGCUAGAAUGGCAACCUGGGCACUCAUUUACAUCAUCAUCGCAACAUGGAUAUCAUACACCGUAGCUGCAUGUUUCCAAUGCACACCCUUUGCUUUCAAUUGGGACAAGACGAUCCCUGGAGGCCGGUGUUUCAACAUAUACGUAUUUUCACAGAGUAGCAGUGUCCCGAACAUUGUCACCGACGUGGCGGUCUUGAUCUUACCAAUCCGGACGGUUAUGGAUUUGAAGGUUUCGAUUGGUCGCAAGAUAGGGCUCCUGCUUAUCUUCCUCACGGGCAGCGUUGGUAUCAUUGCCUCUAUAAUUCGGACCGUUGUAUUCGCCACUACUGACCCUUUGGUUGAUGUCACUUUCACCCACACAGAACUAGUGAACUGGACCAUUAUUGAGCCAGGAAUGUACCUCCUUGCUGCUUGUGCGCUAAGUUUCAAGCCAUUAUUUAGAAUGGCCGCGAAAGCCCUGCAUUUGGACUCUCUCGUUACACGCACA